AUGAGGACAGCAAGGGGGAAGAUGAGGACAGUGAGGAGGGAGAUGGAAGAAGAGGACAGGAGUGUGGAGAUCAUAGAUCCAGGCCAGGUGGUAUAUGUGGACUCAGGUCUGGAUGGAGUGGUGGGUAAAGCCGUGAUCCUGGAGUGUGGAUCAACCAGACCUGAUGUUUACAUCUGGGGGUUCACACAACCUGGAACCGACGCCAUCAAAGCUGUGGUCUACGACUUUGGAAAAGGCCCUAAGCUGCAGAAGCUGGCCCAGAGUCUAGGAGACCUUCAGGUGAUCUCUGGCGCCGCCUCUCUGAGUAUAGAGCGCCUCCCAUUGGCUGCCGAGGGCCUCUACACUUGCCAGGCUCUCUACGACACAGAGCAGGGAGCCAAGCUAUACUACUACUACAUACAUCUACGGGUACUGGUCCCUGUCAGUAAACCCUAUAUUCUGCUGAGUGAUGCGUCCCCGGCGGAGGGAUCUUUGGUGUGGCUGCGCUGCGGCCUGGAGAACGGCACAGGGUCGCUUUACUUCCUGUGGGAGCAUGAGACACACAAUGGAUUGGUCAGCACCGUCUCCCAGGGCAACAGCAGCGUGUUCAACAUGACAGAAGUCAACCGUAACCACACAGGCUGGUAUCGUUGUGUGGCCCGGAACCAGGUCAACCAGGAACGGUCCGACCGCAUCUGGCUGGACAUCAUCUUUGGUCCUGAUAUUCCCCAGAUAGAUGUGACUCCCUACAGUAUAACAGACAGAGGAUACUCUGCUCAGGAGAGACAGACGGUCUCUCUGCUCUGCCAGGCCCAGUCCAACCCUCCCAGUCAAUAUGUCUGGUUCUACAACAACAGCCAGGUGUACACGGGACCCCAGUUCACCAUCACUAGGAUUCUGCGGAUGCACACAGGUACCUACGCCUGUCUGGCUCAGAACACAUACCUCAACACCCGCUCUAUGAAGACCAUCAGCCUCACCGUUUACUACCCUCCAGAUGGUUCCCCCUCCUGCUCUGUUCAGCCAGCAAUGAACUACUCCUCCCUCAACCUGACCUGUUCAUGGCUGGGGGGCCUGCCCCCCCCUUCACUACGCUGGACCACAAACCCUCUCUCUCUGGCACAGGGAGGGGCGUGGCUUGGGGGUGAAGGGGCGUGGCCAGCCAACAAUGUCUCCGUACUGCAGUCUGGAUCCCAGACCUCCAACAACUCUCUGUUCACCUGCCUGGGGAUACACCCUGCUCUCAACACCCCCACACAAUGCACUGCACGGGCCUGUGGGUCUCCCAGGGCUGUGGUGUGGUGGGAGGUGCCUAAAGGAGAGGGGAGGGGCCAAGAAGUGGAGACUUCCAAGAUCCUGGUACUUCGUUCUAACUCCACCCAGAAUGGACAGGCCUACACCUGCUACGCCAAACACCCCCUGGACACACACACCAGGACCUGCAGCCUCAAACUGGAGGCGCCAGUCUUGUUGACCCAGCGUAGUGUGGUGUCUGUGUUCGAGGGCAGUGACGUUCAGCUCACCUGUAUCCUUCAAUCCAACUAUCCCCCGGCCAAUCAGAUUGUCUGGUUCAACAACCACAGACAGGAAGUCGAAGUCCAGGAAGCCCUGGCCACAACCAGGAAGUAUGUGCUGCGUCGCGCGGCUGCGUGGACCAACCUGACGGUCCUAGAGACGGAUGGAACAACAGACAGCGGCCAAUACUGGUGCUCCGCUAGCAACGCUGUGGGAGGGACCGAGAUCCCUGUUACGCUAUUGGUCAAGAGAUACCCCAUGCCUCCCAAUGUGACCCUGGUAAGGCUGGUUUACAGCAGUCGGCAGCGCAGAGAGGUGGAGCUGGAGUGGCAGAUGGAGGGAGAAGGAGAAGGAGGAGAGGGAGGAGGGCUGACUGGGUUCAUACUUGACCACAGACUAGAGGAGGCACCAGGGAGAAGGAGAGGAGAGGAGGAAAAAGAAAAGGACAGAGAGGAGGCUGGUGCAGAUUCUGCUGACCAAGAGGAGCAGCGACAGGGGAAAAGGAGUAGUUUCUCUCCAUGGAAGCAGGUGGCGGUAUUGGAAGCCAGGCAGAGGGUCCAUACGCUGGGCAACAUGACCCCAACAGAUACCUACCAGAUACGCAUCACAGCUGUCAAUCACAGAACCCUCGGACACCCCUCCCCCCCAGAAACACCAGCGGACCCUCCCUUCAGUGCGUACCCUGCUGUGAUUGGAGCAGCCAUCGGAGGGAUGCUAAUCGCUGCCAUAGCAACCAUUCUGCUUUUCAUGUACAUCAUCCGCAACCGCAACAACAACCCCCGACUCCAUGACAUGCUGUUUGGAAUGCAGCACAGCCGGUCCAGGGAGAACAUCAACCUCCCUGAUGAUGAGGUGAUGGGAGGAGUUGACGGAGAGGGAGGAGCUACAGAACAUUGCCCCUCCCCUAUCCCAGGUCCAUCCAUGUCCUCUCCUAGGGCAGCCUCCCCCGUCUCACCUCCUCUACCCGCUGAGGACAACGAACCUGUCAACGUCACCAUCACAGUCAUGGCAACGGGCUGAAGAUCACACACAUCCAUACAUUCUGGAUAAAGCUGCGUUCAUAACAAGUGGGAAACUCGGCAAAUACAAUUUGUAUUAAUAGUACAGCUUUCAUGCUCAAAAACAUUAUAUAGUGUUCAAAUACCAGACUAAUAGAUCGUUUUUCAUAAAUAAUGUUUUGCUAUUGCAUUUAACUUCCAAAAAUGCUGUUAUCAAGGUAAUUUCCUUAGUAUGUGACGUCAGAGUUCAGCAUGUGGGAGAAGUUGAAGCUCAGAGAUGAUAGACGAGUUUCCCACUAGUAAUUACCAGUUGGAAGGGCGUGCAAGUAUAUUUUUCCAAGUCAUAUGCUGGUAUUUAGGAAUAUAGGAGAUGGUGUGAAU